UCUUUUAGAAGAUACGGUAGUGAAAGUUAAAUUCCAGCUGCUAAAUCCAGAUCUAGAUUCUAGAUUACAUUUGGAUCAACAUACAAGUGCAUUUUGAAAAUUAUAAAAAAUGUCAGAAACAGAUUAUGAUGUUGGCAUAGUAGGAGGUGGUGUAGUAGGAUGUGCUGUUUUAUUUGAGUUGUCACGGCAGGGCUUCAGGUGUGUCUUGUUGGAGAAAAGUUUGGACAUUAUGACAGGUGCCAGUGCUGGAAACAGUGGCAUGCUUGUUACUGGCUUUGAUGCCCCACUCUUCAGUCUUGAGCAGCAUUGUAUCAAAAGCACUCAGGAAGUGAUAUUUGAGCUGAUUAAAAAGUGUAACAUUCCACAUAGAAAAUGUGGUGCUAUUGUAAUAGCCUGGACUGAUGAAGAGAAUAGAAAAAUUCCCUUGAUAAAAGAGAAUGCACAUAAAGCUGGAAUUGACAGUGUCUAUUAUCUGAAUCAAAGCGACCUCCGCAAAAGAGAACCUCACCUGAAGCAAACAAUGAAAGGUGCUUUGAGCAUACCUGGUGAAUGUGUUGUUGAUUCAAGUUUACUUGGAAUUAUUUAUGCUCAACAGGCUGUAAGGUUGGGAGCUAAGAUUUGUACAAAUUGUGAAGUUACUGGCUUCAAAGAUGGAAUUUUAACAACAAGCCGUGGUUUGUUUAAAGUCCAAGCAACAGUUAACUGUGCUGGACUAUAUGGGGAUAAAGUGGAUUCUCUGGUUGGCAUCAACUCAUUCAGCAUCCAGCCUAGAAAAGGACAGUACUGUGUGUUUGGAAAGAGUGCAAGCAAUUUCCUGGACUCUAUUAUCUUUCCUGUUCCAUCUGAUAAAUCAAAAGGAAUUGCUCUCUUUAAAUCUGUUUACAACAACUUAAUCAUUGGGCCAACAGCUGAAGACGUGGCUAGAGGAAGCCAGCCAACAUGUAACCCAAAAAUUCACUCGUCACUUAAGAUGCAGGCUGGCAGCUUGAUCCCAGAGCUGGACAGCCAUCCGCCUGUUGGUCAGUACCUGGGUCUCAGACCUGCCACACAGUUCAAAGACUACCAAAUCAGGACACAUCCACAAAUUAACUGGGUGACUGUAGGUGGAAUCAGGUCAACUGGGGUGUCAGGCUCUCUUGGCAUUGGUCAGUAUGUCAGUGAAAGACUUGUGACAGACCUGUGCUUGGAACCAACAAGGGGAACGACCUGUCAAAUUUCAGAAAUGGACUGGUGCCUAGGCUCAGACAAGUCAUCUGUCAGUAUAGAUGGAUGUCAUUACAAGAUCGCUCAUCCAUUAUUUUUGUAUGGUAACCAGAACAGUAAUAGUAAACUAUAAAAUAGAUUUUUAAAAAUUUCCCAUUGUUAAGGCAAACAUUAAUUGACUUAAACUGUUACAUGAAUAAAGCCAAAUAUUUAUUUUACC